CGAGGGGUUGCUUUACGCGUUGUUGCAGCCACGCCUGAGAGGAACACGCCCACUUGAUCAUGCACGCUGCACUCACGCUGCUGUCUGCCCUGGUGGGCGCUGCCCUGGCGGGUAACAUUGGUGCUGGCGGCGGAGGCUACUCGGGCGGCGGAUACGCCGGCGGAGCCCUUGGCGGCUACGGAGCUCCUGGCUAUGGUUCUUCUGCUGGCGGCUACGGCGGUGGCGGCGUCGGCGGCCAUCACGCUGGUGGCUACGGCGGCGGUCUCGGAGGCGCCGGCCCUGUUGCGGGAGGCGCUGCGAAGGCGGCUCACGGAGCUGGCCACUCAACCGGGAGCUACAGCCUAGGCGGUGCAGGCCACCAUGGUGGCUACUCUGGCGGGGGCUUCGCGCCAGUCGGAGGAUACGGCGCAGGUUCAAGCUAUGGAGGCGCAACAGGUGGAUACAGCGGCAGCACUGGUGGCUACGGUGGCGACGGGACCGGUAGCAGUUAUGGCGGAGCACCGGGCAGCCUUUCGGGAUACGCAAAGUCGAAGGCUAGUAAGCACUCGGCAAGCCGGUACAGCGGCGCGUCGCUCUUCGGCGCUGCUGGACCCAGUGGUGGCAUUGGAGGCGUUAGGCUCACUGGCGCUGGCCCAGGGGGCUACGGCAGCGAAGGAGGAAUUACCGGCGCAGGACUCGUUGGAGUAGGAUACGCUGGCGGCGCUGGAGCUGGCACAGGAGGAAGCCCCGCUGGAGCUGUUCCUGGCGGAUUCGCGGGCAACGCGGUGACCAUACCGGCCAAGGUUAUUGUUCUGAAAGUCCCAAUAUCCGACGGCGAGGGCAUCCCUCGUGGAACCUCAGCCGGCGGGUUUGUGCCUUCCGGUGGUGGAGCAGGGCCAUCCGGCGGAGGAUAUGGAGCAGCGCCGUCCAGCGGAGGGUACGGCGGCGGUUCGCCCAGCGGAGGAUACGGAGGAGGUUCGUCCAUCGGAGGAUACGGAGGAGGUUCGCCCAGCGGAGGAUACGGAGGAGGUUCGCCCAGCGGAGGAUACGGAGGAGUGCCGUCGAGCGGAGGAUACGGAGGAGGGCCCUCCGGCUACGGACCAUCGUCGGGCGGGUAUGCAAGCGUGGGCCCAGCUGUGUCCGCUGGUCUGGGCGGUAGCCACCACCACGGAGGCUAUGGCCCAGGUCUGUCGAGCGGCAGACACCAUGGAGGUGGUGGACUCGGUGCUGGUGGAAAUCACCACAAUGCUGGAAGUGGUUUUGGAGGCGGCCUCAGCGGAGGAAAGGGCAAUUACGGAUCAUCAGGUCACAUUGGCAAGGGAGUAUUUGAUGGAGGACAUCACGGUGGGUUCAGUGCGAAGGAUGGCUAUGUAGGAGCUGGAGGACUCGGUGGUGCUCUCGGCGGAGGUUACGGUAGCAGCUACGGAGGUGGACCUUCCGAAGGCCACCGUGGCAGUUACACCGGUGGCUACACUGGAGCGGGGGGCUAUCCGGGAUCUAGCACGCAUGGCUCCGGCAAAGCUGCCUUUGGAGGAGCGCAUCACGGAGGCGGCGGCUAUGGAGGAAGCAGCUACGGUGGAUCCAAGGGCGGAGGCAGCUACGGUGUUUCAAAGGGCGGUUACUGGUGAAAACUUCAUUCGUUUGUACCAUGCUUUAGCGCUCUACAUGUCCUGCUUCAUCAGCGAAAGAACUCGCCACCGACUAAAGCUUUAAUCUAACCGUUUGACUGUAGCGUAUUGAAACUGCUUUAAGAUGUGUUUUGUUGUGUGGAAGGUGGGACGGGUGCUUUAAGGCACUCGUGUGCGUCUCGUGAAAGAAUGUGGUCUUUUAAUGUUUCCUUUUUGUACAGUCUGUUUUACAUACAGAAGAGAUACCUACUUUAUUUGAUUCUGUUAUCUGUUUGUUUUCACGGUCACAUGACGAGCAUUACCACGUCUAAGUGAUCUGAUAGCCAGCUGUGCAUCGUAGGUGUAUAUGCAAUCCUACCAGUUGUGUGCAAGUGUGUGACUGCGUAAUUUAACUGCGAGUGAAUAAACACGUGAUGGUUA